UGCGCCCCUGAAGUAAAUAAACACGUUUGAUUUUCGAGAAGUAUAUUCGAAGGACAGAGCUUUAUGUGGUAUUUCGGCAUAUCUUUGCAUUAGAUUUAGUUCACUUGUGAGCAACAAUGGCAUCGUUUAUACGUUCUUCAAAACCGUUAUGUUCGACGGUGCUGUCAAACCUUUGGAAGGCUCAAAACUUGAACGAGAAAAUUGGUCGUAAAUUUUCAACUUCAGCAACCUGCAACAUGGUUUUUAGACAGUUAUUUGACAGUAAAUCAUGGACAUACACAUACCUGUUGGCGGAUGAUGAGAGCAAAGAGGCCGUCGUGAUUGACCCAGUGUUAGAUCUGGUCGACAGAGAUAUUAACAUUGUCAAAGAAUUAGGCCUCACCUUGAAGUAUGGAAUUAAUACUCACGUUCACGCAGAUCAUAUAACAGGUACGGGGGUCAUGAAAAAGCGCAUUGAUGGAUUCAAAAGUGUACUGUCUGAAAAAAGUGGAGCAAAAGCAGAUCUAUUCCUUGCAGAUGGAGAAAAACUCAACUUUGGAAAAUAUGAAAUCGAAGGCAGGUGUACUCCCGGACACACAAAUGGUUGUAUGUCAUUUGUUAUACACAGUGAGAAGUUAGUGUUCACUGGAGAUGCUGUUCUCAUCAGAGGCUGUGGAAGAACAGACUUCCAACAAGGAGAUCCAAGGUUAUUGUACAAUUCAGUGAAGUCAAAGAUCUUUAGUCUACCAGAUGAUUUCUUGUUAUAUCCUGCUCAUGAUUACCUAGGUAUGACAUCAUCUAGUGUUGGGGAAGAGAAGAAACACAAUAAAAGACUCACAAAAUCAAUUGAUCAAUUUGAAGAAAUCAUGAAUAACCUGAAGUUACCCUACCCUAAACAAAUAGACACAGCACUGCCAGCCAAUUUAGUGUGCGGAAUACAAGAUGAUGUAGCAUAAUGGACUGAAAUUUAGGUGACUACAGACAUUAACCAUUCGACAUCAAUAAGGGAAUGUGGCAGCUGCCAUUUAGAAGCAACCAAGAUGCUUAUGUUAAAGGUGGGCCUUGUUGGAAGUAUUGGACAGUGUUUGCACAUGGCAUUAAUAUGCAAACCUACAUGUGAUUUGUCUAAGUUUAUAAGCCAGGGGUACAUUACCAGGGAGUCACUACCUGAAGCUUCUGUUUAUUUAUGAUGCUUGAAUUAGUUGAAUCUUGAUGUCAUAGUCAGAGAACAACUUUAAUAAGGUUUUUGGUAAGGUCUCUUA